AUGCAUAUGCCAAAGACAAUAAAGCAGUAUAUUCACAGAGUUGGGCGAACAGCGCGAGCAGGACGAGCUGGAAGGUCAAUUUCGUUAGUUGGGGAAGACGAAAGGAAGCUAUUGAAAGAAAUCAUCAACACAAACCCUGACCGAACACUGAAGCAACGCAUGGUGGCUCCCGAAGUAGUGGAAGCAUAUCGACAGCGAAUUGACUCGCUUGAGGAGUCAAUUCGACAGAUUGACUUGGAAGAGAAGGAAGAAAAGGAGCUGAGGUUAGCCGAGUCCGCUAUUCGAAAGACUGAAGAGAAGCUGGAAACGGGAACAACAGAACGGGAAGGUCGUGUGUGGUUCCAGAAGCCAACAGUCUCAGAACGAGAACGGCGACGAGCUGAAAAGAGAGCACAACGUAAAGAAGAAAUGAAACGCAAGCAGGCCCAGAAGACGCCGGAGGAAAUCAGACUUGAGCACGAGAUGGCGUAUCAGGCUCGUGAAGCGAAGAGAGCUCGUCGAGGGAAGAAUCGUCGACUACGAGCUGUUGUUGAAGCCCCGAUGAAGACGAAGCGGAACGUUGCGAAGAAAAAGAGCAUGCGCCUCUCAGAUGUUCCUGCUGUAGAGGCCUCAACGCCGUCAUCUUCAAAGAAGAACAAGAAGGUUCCCACAGGGAAAAAAUCGUCUUUUACGUCUGCACUUACAGCCAUCGGAAAACGAGCUGUCAAGAAGGCGCGGCAUGGGUAA